AUGUCAAGAGGAGUGAAUUUGAAGGAGAGGGAUGGGAAUGACGAUAAUGAUAAGGAGAAUGUUGGGAGUGACAAUGCUGUUACAUCAAGUGCUGGUGUUACAGCCAUAACAACGGCAACAACGUCCGAAGAACAACAGCAGCAACCAAUAACGUCUUUCUUUGUAUCAACAAAACGUCGUAUUGGUAAAGGAGGUUCAAGAAAUAGUACAAGUGCCAGUGUUGACACCAUCGAUGAUUCAUUUGGCAACGAAGAGACAAACAGCAAAAAGAUAAAUGUUCAUGUCGUUAAAGAAAAACAGUCAAAUAUGUGGAUAUAUGAUAUGAAUCAAAAAUUCUCCGCUUUAAAACAAAGUGAACUUAAACUCAUUUUUGAUAAAAAUGAAAAAAUUAUUAAAUUGCCCCAAGAUGUCAAAGGUGGAGAUAUUUAUUCUCUCUUAUUGAAUGAAAGCACGACAAACGACUGGCGUGCCGAUGGGUUUCAGUGGAUUCAUGGUGGACAAGAUUAUCUGAAAAAAUUGAAAAAGCCGGUGUAUUUUAAAUAUUAUUUUCGUGCAAAAGAAAUUAACAGUGAUGAGAAUGACAGUAAUGAAAUAAUAACAACAACAACGACAGACGACGGCAAAUAUUUUUAA